CACAUACCGAUCAUCGUCUCAUAAAUAAUUCAUGUCUGUCUCAAGGCUUAGUUGUGGGUGCAGUAGGUCCGUCAGGGAAAGGAGGUCAAUAUGAAAGCUCUGAAAAACGUUUUACAUCAAUUCCUCAUUAUAUGUGCGGCAACACUGGCUCAAGGUAAGUAAUUUAUUGUCUUAAUUCACUGUUUACAGAAAUGGGAACCUCAAACCAUCGAGUUUGGAUUCGAAUUCGACUCCGAGUUACAUUUCGAGCUGGACUUCUAGUUAUAACCCCUUCGUCGUAUUCAAAUAUUAUUCUAAUGUCCGUUUCUGUUUAGAGAUGUUUUUUUUAAUCACCUUGAACGCGUGCUAACUAACGAGUUUGAUGUCGACCUUUACAAAGUGAAAGUGAAGGUUUAGUUGUUUAAAACCUAGAAAGCUCUGUUGAAACAGGUUCGGGUCCCUUCCUGAGUGCGACAAAGCUGGCAGCAAGCCAGGUAACAAAAUGUGAUAGCAUCGCUUUAAUAUCGGUGAUAUCACGCAGUCUAACUGACACAGCUUGGCACUUAUUGUGUUAACAGUGAAAUUGCACUUGAAACCCAAAUAGUUUUGUCUUAUGCACUUCUUGAAAAAAAUAUUAAAGAAACAGUUUUUGCAUCCUGUGUUUUCCGGCGAAAGAUAACUUUUUGCCACUUCAAAAAUGGCGAAGACCCAAAUGCUAUUCGUUUGCGCGUGCAUGACCCAAUCUAAUUGCGUGACCUGUGCAUUGAAUUGCCUGGUUUAGUUUGUGCGUUUGCCUUAAGUGUAAUCAGUACUACUAAUAUGAUUAUCACGAUACACAGAUUGGGAACUUAAAUUACUCGAAAUCAUUAUUAAAUUUUAAAAGAAAACAUCCAGACGAACUUACGAGCGGGAAACGAGUUUUCGAUCAGAGCAGAAAUAACAUUCAUUUCCAUGAUAUUUAUAAUGCGCAAAAGUAAUAAAUGACUCAAGAUUGACCUUCGCUCAAGGAACUCACGCGAGGGAACGUUUAAACGAGCAGACGCUCGUGUAAGAAAGCUCAUUUUUCCCGACUUGCGCGCGUGAAUUCCACGAAAUUCUCGACAAGAGAUCACAAUAGAACCAUUUUUCGCGCUUAAAGACAAUUAGCUAGUUAAAUGGAUUUCUUGAAGUAGUUUUCAAAUUAAUAUCCUUUCUCCCUGGAUCAGAGGCAUUGUAAAUCUUGCCUAAAGUAAUCUUUCUUAAUUUUCGGAAGGCAUUGCUUAAAAGUUUUUGAGAUCUUUCAUAAAUCUUUCUUUAUCGUUUAUUUUGAAGAAUCGUCUAUGUAUUUCUUCAUGCAGAUCGUUUUACGUGGAUAGCAUAUUGUUGCUGCUUUGGGAACUAAGGGUGAAAAGAAAGAAAUAUCCCUUGAAUUGUUUCAUACGUGAAUCCUUUGAGGAGGGAGCUAGUUUGGUGGCUUAAAUUCCAAGACAAUUCAUACACUGAAGUUUGUCGACACACUUGAAUUUUAGGUUACCCCCCCACCAUCAGAGGCCGAAAAAAAUACAUUUUUCUUUUAUUUGACGUAACUGAAUUUGAACUGACAAUCUCCUACGAAAGUCUUGCCAAGAAACCAAAAUAGAAUUAUUUUGCGCGCUCAAAGACAAGUUAGCUUAAAUAGUGAGAAGUGCGAAGUGCAAGGAUUUUAAAAGAGUCCUUCACAUCCAUUCUUCCUGACAUCACAAACGAAGCCCGCAUAUACUUUUCUUUUCUUCGUAGCUAUCACCUAAAUGUUUCUCUGCUUCUUUUCCUCCUCAGCUAAGCUGAAAGUCGGGGUGACCCCAGGAACCAGCUAUGCGAUGGAGUAUUCCACACUCAAAAUAACCUGCACUGCUUAUGAUGAGGCCAAUGAAGAGACGCCAGAAAGCAUCCGAUUUGUUGAAAUAGAUGAUUACUUGAAUAAGAAGAAUUUAACUGAUAAGGACAGCAACCUCAACUUUACAACAACACGAGAAGGUAAGAAACCUCGAAAAGUUUGUCAACUAUGCUUAAACUGGGAGAAAUCUCAGCAAAGGUGCAUCAUUUAUCAUAUGAAGACAAUUCAACCAUAGGUUACUAAGAAGAACAGGCUUUCCUACUUCUCAGUUACCCUUGAAUUGGAAAUAUAAAUCACAGACGUUUGGUAUUAUUUGGUUUGGUUUUAUUAUCAUUUUAGUCAUUUUGAACUAUAUAUAUAUAUAUAUAUAGGAAGUCUGCAGGUCGAUUUUCGCGUGGAAGAGUGCUCAAUACGUUGAAGUAGAGCAGAAUAAAUAUUAUGAAAGGAAAAAACGACGCAACUACAUAUCCCGACAACCCUGUUUCGUGAAUCGCUUCACUCUUCAGGGGUUUAAUGAAAGAAUAUUCAUAUGACUAUCGUUUAUAUACUAAGAAAAUUUACAUAAUACGCGGUAAACUUAAAAACUUAAGAGUUCAGCUGUUGCGUAGCAACGCUUUGUUUCUGUGUCGGCAUGAAGAUACGAGUUCGUUACGCUUAUUUAGUGAUGAA